GGCUAGGAACGAGCGAAGAAGGAACGAGCAACGGCGGUGGUGUCUUUCCUCCUCCGUGCGUGCGAGUGUUUUUUGGUCACGAAGUAGUGCGUUUUCUUGUGUUUUGUUGUGCGUUUGUCUGUCGUUUGUGUUACCGGUCGUCGUGAGAGGGGUUUUGUGAAUCCGUUUUAUCCGGGAUUAGCGUGUUAGCGAGUUUUAGUGUCCCCGUCGUCAAGGUGGUUUGUUGUUGGUUUUUUCUGUUUUUGAGUGUAAUACCCAUUCCCGAUGCUAACAAGUGUGCCACGACGUCACCAGCGGCGUGUUUGCUUCGAUCGUUUGUGAAUCUCUUCGUGUGCCCGUGUGCGUGCGUGCGUGUGUGUAUCGUGUCCAAAACAAAGUGUUAAUUGCGACCGACAAGUGUGUGUGUGCGUGCGUGUCAAGGGUUACUACGAGUAGGUGUGCUAGCGGCGUUCUUGAGGACGCCCCGUGGAUGCUGAUGAAACAUAUUGACGAGCGGCGACGACGACGACGACGACGGACGAUGGUGGCCAGCAUGAGCGGAAACCAGCGUAACAUGUUGCCGGUGCUACUGUUACUGGUGCUGUGUGUUGGCCUUCCGCUGGAAGGCGUACGGGGUAGUGCCAUUCCUUCGGCCUCCUUUCCACCAAACAGUGCCAGUAGUGGGAUUGCCAACAGUGCCUCGUCUUCCUCGACCGUCGGUCUCGCUGACGGUGGCGGUGGCUCCACGAUCCGGCGACCCCUAUCGGGAGCUACCGUGGCCGGUUCGUCCUCCUGUCUGGCCGUACAUCCGAUCUUGCAGCGACGCGGUGUCGAACAGAUCGAUAUGCCGAUCGAUCCCAUUCCAGAUCUGACGCUGCGCCAUUGCGAGGUACCGGUCGGUGUUGGCACCUGCUGUACGCAGACGACCGAACACAAGCUAGCGCUCCACUCGAAGACGAUGCUCGAGCGCAACACCAAAGACAACAUCUCGAAGCUCUCGUCGGUGCUCGGUGCCCGGGCCGUCCGCUUCAAUGAAUUCUUUGAAAAGCUGUUGACCGAAUCGAAGCACGAGUUUCACGCAAUGUUCAAGCGAACGUACGGUACGAUCUAUGAGCAGAACUCGUACGUCUUUGCCGAUCUGUUUGCCGAGCUGGAGCGCUACUACGCUCACGGGAAGGUCGAUCUGGCCGAGACGAUGGAUCACUUCUUCAACAUCCUGUUCCAGAAGAUGUUCACCGUGCUGAACGCGCAGUACUCGUUCGACAACAAAUAUCUUGGCUGUGUGAGCGAACACAUGAAGGAACUGAAACCAUUCGGCGAUGUACCGGAUAAGCUGUCCGUCCAAAUUAAGCGUUCGUUUGUGGCGACUCGAACCUAUGCCCAGGCGCUAGCAUCGGCCGCUGAGGCGGCCAAGAACAUGGUCAAUGUUCGUCUGUCCGCUGAAUGUACGGCGGCACUUACCAAGAUGAGCACCUGUAAUGUGUGCGCGGGACAAACGAGAAAACCGUGCGUACCGUACUGUUUGAACGUGGUGAAGGGAUGCUUCCAGAGCUACGACGAGGUCGGUUCCCAGUGGGACACGUUCGUGAGCAAGAUGGAGCGCGUCUCGGAGCGAUUGCUGGGACCGUUCAACAUCGUGAUGGUAGUGGCACCGAUCGAUAUCAAAAUCUCCGAGGCCAUUAUGAACUUCCAGGAGAAUGGCAAAGACAUAUCGGAUCGCAUCUUCCAGGGAUGUGGCCAACCUGCCCUUGGCCGUAUGAGACGUUCGAUUGAGGGCGAGACACUGAUCGGCGCGAAUGGCAUCGAAGAUCAUCCACAUCUGAUAACGGCCCUCAAGCGUCAACUACCAGUGCUUUCACUUAUCGCCGAAGCUUCCGAUGCGGAUUCACAGUUCACUUUCGACGAGGACGAUGGAACCGAGGAUAGCGGUGAUGUUACGGACGAGAGCGACAAGCGCAUUAGCAAGCGAUCGGCAGGAGGCAAUGGUGCCGGUGAUUCCACUAGCCGGGAGCUCAAGUACGAACCAUUGCAGUUCUCCGAUGGUGAUGUUCAGUUUACCAAUAGCAAUGGACCACCGUUGAUCCCGGCGCUAUCACCGAGUGGUAGCAUUGAUUCGAAUGGUGGUGGUGGCGGUGGUGGUGGUGGUGGCGGUCGCGCCAAUCGGCGUAAAAACAAAAAUGGACGUAAACCGGCCGCUGAGCAGGAUGAGCAGGACAAUCAGGAACCGAUGAUCGAUCGGCUGGUAAAGGACAUUCGGCAGAAGGUGCGCGAUUCGAAGCGCUUCUGGGCGCAGCUACCGUACAUGCUGUGCAACAAUGAGGACAUCGCGGAACAGGAUCAGAACGAUGCGAGCUGCUGGAACGGCACGGCUGUCGAUCGUUACCAACCCAUUCAGAAUUCCGAAGAUUCUUCCACGAAUCCUGAAUUUCCCAACAAGGUAUACCAGUCGCGGCCAAGUACCAUCGUCCAGCAGCAGCUUUUCGUGCUCCGUACAGCGAUUAGCCAUCUAGAUAAUGCGUACGUUGGACACGACGUGGAGUGGACUGAUCAGGAGGAUGGUUACUAUGGUAGCGGAUCCGGUCAAGGAAGUGGCAUCGAUUAUGAAGAUUCGGCUGGCUCUGGUAUGGGCUUGUGGGAAAUCGAUGUACGGAACGAGCGGCGACCGGGCUCGUUCGAUACCGGUUCUCCGACUGGUGGAAAUAACGUCGAUAGUGGCAGUGUCAAUGCCAACCGUCAUCCGGAGCGUCAUCCAAGCGAGGACCUCGACUACACUGGUUCCCGCUCAGGGUUACCGACUGUGACGAGCGGUUCCGGAGGUAGUGGACACGGUGGUACCUCAACCGCCACUGGCUCACACAAGGCACCAGAUAUGUCUAUCCAGCGAGCGUUGCUACAGUUCUUCCUGCCAAUUGUGAUGGCAUGGUUCGGUGGCCUGUUUGCCGAUUUGCUGUGAUUUGUGCUACACACUCUACUCGUCUAGCAUUUAAGAAGAUGUGGGUUAUUCGCCUUUCGCGGGCGAAAAUGGUCCCCUUACUCUUCCACUCAGAUUGCAAUCCGGAUGUGCAAACGCGGAUGGGAUGGUGGUUCAGCAUUUUGCUCGAAUUUCCUGCCUCCGUGCUAACAUAAUUGUGAAUGUCAUAGACCUUGGGCUGGCUUUCUGUUGCCUGCUGAAAGGUGUCGCACAUGGUUUCACCUCUUUUAAUUAAGUCUACUUCUCAUUAGCAGACUAUGCACGCUGUGCUCUUAACGGGCAGUAACGGAGAUAGAAAUGCUGGCUCUGUCUGAAAAUCCUGUACAAUCAAGGAAUCGAUUGCAUUGAAGCAAAUUUCAUUGAUCAAGAGAUUGACACUUUCAAAACUUCUUUGCGGUAGGAUUUUUCCUACUAAUGAAGGGUAUUGUUAUCUUUUCCUAAGCCGAUACACCAGGGCUGGAGUAAAACGAUGAUGUAUUAAGAACACGAACAUUUACUUACUUGCAUUUAAUGAUUGAGCAAAUAAUGUUUCCCGUAUUAUGAGCACAGUUGUGAAAUUCCAAAAUCCAUGGGAUGUCAUUUUUGUCUAAAGCAUAGACAAAGUGUUUACUUUUGAAGGCAUUCAGUUUUCCAUUCGACGAUAAAAGAAAAUAAGCUGUAUACUUGAUCCACCGCUUCCUACUCGAGUGGUCAAGUGUAAUGGCGACAUGGGGCGGUGUUGUGGCCGGGAGAGAAGCAACGGUUGCAGGAAAAAUCGAUUUCAUUACUAAUAUGCGUUUAGGCCUUAUAUGUUGUCCCAUCUCUAGUCAAAUUAAAUAGUUUAAAUGUGUUUUUCCCAAGCCUGCAGCCGUUGCUAGUUUGCUCUUACCCUGGCAUUGCCUUGCCGUGUCGUAUCCCACUAGUUUGCACACUGGAACGAUCUGUGUGGUUAAGGUAAAGCGAUCAUUCGACGUGGAAAGCGCGCAACGCGUGCGCUUCGAUGUGAUUAGCUAAUAUCGAAUUAAUGUGUUUGAGCGUAUUUUGUUUUAAUUUCUGUACAUAGGCAACAUUAUACUAGAAAUCUACUUAAGUGAUACCGGUAGAUAGACCUGGAAAACGCAGUAGAGAACCAUUUGAGAUAGACAUUUUAGAUUUAAUGCGCUUGGUGGCAACCUGUCGCAUGCAUGAACGAGGCCAGCCGUUUAUUCUGUAUGUAUCUAUUACAUGGGUGUUUGUGAUGUGCGAUCGUACGGAAGUAGAAACGAGUGGCAAAGGGCAGCGAGGACAUAGCAGGGCAUUUGGCUCGAUGAGAAAUAUUUAUAAUUAUUUUAUUUUAUUUUAUUGUGCUGCAUGGUAUUAAUUCCAUGUUCUAGGUUCCGUUCAAAAUCAUGUUUUACCGUGCUAACACUAUUCCUACAUGCUGCUAGAUGUCCCCUUAAUAUUGAUUCAAUUAAACAGCCACACCUCCGUGUAAUGCCGAUAAUGUAAUCUUAUUCGUUUUUAAUAGAUAAACAAAUGAAAGCGCGUAGGUUUACUAUCUUAUAAGUUCUGUGAUGCACAUUUGGGCUCAUUAUUGUUUCUAAACUCUGAAAGGAUUGCAAUGGUAUAUGCGUCUGAUAUGCGAGUGGACGAACGAAUUGUAGAUGGUCUUAAGGGAAAAGAGGAAGAGCCUGAACAGAAAAAAAUCCAUAUCUGUGUUGGUUCAGGAACCAUGCAAAUACAGGGGUAGCUAAACAAGACUGUGCUCACUCGUACAUACUUCACUGUGAGCAAUUGAGGUGUCUCUGAACGCAGAAUCGAUAAAGGGGAGGAGACGCAUUUACGAACAAUAUACUUACAAAUCAUAGGCACAAAGGAGCGGUAUGUCUCGCAUAUGAGCGCACUCAUUGUAUAUUUAAGACUUAAAAUUUCUUUUUAUCUAUACUUUCUGAAGAUUGAAAGCGUGUAUAUAUAAUGGGUAAACGAAUCAUGCUAAAUCGUAGGAAAAAGGCAAGUUGGCACAGCUUGUGACGAAGGCAAUCGUACAGAGUUACGCUUUCCUCUAAAUCACCUAAACUUCCCUCCAUCACAUGCGAUUGAAGCAAAGGAGAAAACAAUAAGUGUCUAAAAGAAGGUCGCCGUAACUCCGCACAGAACCAUUUUGUUAUGCAUACUCCUUCCCAUGUAUACUAAACUAGCAUAGCUGGCAGGCAGUAUGAACAGAAUAUGUUCCACAGGUGUAAAAUGUAAACCACAAAUCGUAAACUAUACUUCAAAAGAAAGCAAAACAACACGUGCAGUAAGAGGUCGUGAAUGAUCGGGAGUAACAGACACAACAGAAGUAGGGUUGAUCAAG